UAAAAUAAGUAUUAAAACCCAGAAAUAAUAAUUCGUUUGGUAAUUUGACGACAUUUAUUGGUGCUUCGAGAUGUAUUUAACUUCAGUACUACGGAAAUAUAGUUAAAAAAUUGCAUGGAAGUAAAAUCUUAAAACAUUUAGCAAAAAAUUCAACAAAUUAUAACUGUCAAAAAUGGCCAGAAAACGAACAUUCAAGGACUUGAAAAAUUUAGGAAAAAUACUAGUGGAAGCCCCCAAUAAAGUCCUAAAAGAUUUACACAUUAUUUUAUUUGGAUUUACAAUCAGAGGAAAUUUCGUAAAACGGAACAUCCGUAAUUUUAUAACCUUAAAAUUUAAAGAAGGAGACGAGAGCUAUGAAAAACGUGCCAGAACCGUCAAAUCAAUGGUGCAGGAUGUUAAUAUCGAUUGCAUCGAAAGUAGCAAAUCAGACUCGUAUUACGACAAGAAGAUCAAUCCAUUUUAUGCAGAAGGAGCAAAAGCGUAUAGCUCUAGAGAAUGCAAUAAAAAAAUUCAAAAAACCGUCGCAGUAGAAAACAGGCAAAAUUUCAUGAAAAUGGAGAAAAGAGAACAGGACAUAUUUCUUUUGAAUUUUUUGCGAUUAUAUCUCCAAUCUAAGGGCUUCAACGAGUACGAAAAAUAAACAGCGAAAGAAAGAAGUAGACGCAAAAGUGAAGAAGGAAACCGUCAAACAUUGCAAUAUGUCGUGAGAUGUAUUUUUUUCUCCACGAUAUAUCAGGAACAAGACAUCAAAAAAUAUUAUCACGCAUUUUAAUGAAAAUAACAUUGUUCUACGAGAUCAUAAAUUACUAAACAAAUCUUCUUCGAGAAGAAAGGAUUUAACUGCGAUUACAUAGAAAAUAUUGUAAGAUUUAUUAACGCGUAUGGAGAAAAAGUGGCUGUCCCACUUACUGAGCGUUUGCCACAAUUUCGCGAUUACAAAGUAAUGAAACUACUAUCGUCGGAAAUAAAGUGCUCGCUGUACCUUUGGUUCAAAAAUUCCGUGUCGGUAGAACCAAGUGAAAAAAUAGAGGAGAGUACUUUUAGAUAAAUUUAUAAAAUGCACUGCCCUUAUAUUACCACGAUAAAGCCGGCAGAUGAUUUGUGCGGUACUUGUCGGCAAAAUCAUCAAGCUAUAGUACAGUCAACGAACGUGUGUGAUGAGGCAAAGGAAAUCGCGAUCAAUACUGCCGCUGAGUAUUUCAAUAACGCUAAACUCCAACGCGAUUAUCAUAAGACAUGUAGAGAAAAAGCUAAAUCAGCAAUUUCGUCAGAAGCACUUGUCCUCUCAUUCGACUAUGCUCAAAAUGUGUCUUAACCCAGUAGUCCUCAACAAGUUGGCUCUUCGUAUUGUAAAGCUUUGCGAAAAUGUGGUAUAUUCGGGGUGCAAAGUGAAGCAAGUGAUAUCCAAACAAAUUUCAUUGUCGAUAAGGAAGACAAUACCGGGAAAGGAGCUAAUUCAGUGCUUAGUAUGCUAGAACUUUUUCUUAAAAAAUAUCCAGCGAACAGAAAUUUUGGUAUACUGAAAUCAAAAUAUGCCAAGACUAACGUAGAUUGCGUAUGUUAUUUGGAGUCCAUAGGAUGUUUAUUUUGCUACUAUUUUUUAAAGCGGUUCCGGGUAUUACAAAAUACCAUCAUUUUGAAAUCGAAGUAAGUAGUCGUAUAAUAGCGAAAUUAUUUGCGAAUUCAACAUCUGAGUGAUUUACGAACGAGAGAGCUUGGUAUUUAUAUGAACAAAUCCGGCCUCUUUAUUGCAAAGAAUCGAGCAAAGAUCUUGUAGCCCCGAAACCAAAUUUUCCAAAAUAAAAAAAGUGAACUCUCGCCGAAAAAAUGAAACUUAUUUAUGUUAUAAAACGAGACUGGUUUCAUUAUGCAAGUGAAUUUUAU